AUCAGGAAGUGUUUUCGGACCCGUUCGUGGUUUUCUUGAGUUCUAAAAAAGUUAUUUAAAGUUUAUAAAUGCGUAAAGUUAAUCAACAGAGUCUCCCUAUGCUGUAUUUGGUUGCUUAAGCACGUUGCCUCAGUUGUAUCCGCUGAAGGUUGUGUGUACCGGGGAGGCUGGACAUCCACCCGGGCCAGGACGUGUCGGUACAUGUCCAGGCGGGUCCAUGUCGCGUCCCCUGCCCGUUAAAAUCUGCGGGGGUACGUAAGGGGCAUCGGGGCUGGUGCGGGGCCGGUGUUUGGUGUGUGUUCGUCUGAUGGAGCUCGGAGACCUGCGGAGCUUCCCCCGGCUGCCGCUGUGGAUCAUAGAGUACGUGUGGGCGCACAGGAUGAUGGACGUUCAACAAGUGGUGGACCCGUCCAGUUGGCCUGAUGUGGACUCUCAGCCCCUGGACCUCAACGCCCCCUGGAGGGUUCGCGUGGCAUCUGCACGAGCGUUUUGGAUCCUGAAGAACAGGGCGACACGGCGGUACGAGGACGUGAUGGUUUUCAUGGACGAGACACACAGACUCCUGCCUCGACUGGUCACGCCCAUCAAACACAUGAAGAUCAUGUUUGGACUCAAGACUCUGGUCGUCAUGUGGAUGCUCAGAGAAGGCAGAGGGUUAACAGAUGUCAUUCAUAAAAUCCUUCAGUUCUUUCCAAAUAAACUUCCCCAGUAUGAGGGUCAUUGUAGCAAACGUGAAAUGUUUCUUAUGAGGAAGAACCAGCUGGACUUCAAGGCUUUGGCUCAAACACUCACCAUCGACAAACAAAAGCUUCAAGAGUAUAUGAAGAGUCAGAUGGAGGAAGAGUACGGUGAACCUUACGCUCAGAAGGUGGAGGACAGGCUGGUGGAAUAUCUGCAUGAGCUGGACAAGGCCUUACCCACAGAUACAUACAUCGAUAAGAUACUGAAGAAAGACCAUCCUGUUAAUGAAGAGGAGAAGCUGCUUUUAGAUGUGAUUGGAUCCGACUCCACCACCAUUGGAACCACGUUGAAGAGACUCCUGCACUGUGAUGCUGCUUCAUGUUGUUCCCACAAACCAGCGAACGAGGCAGAAUCAGACCUUUCUAAACUCACAGAUUCUCUUCAACCGGUGGAAAAUAAACUCCACCUUGGAUCACAGCCUCAGGUCAUUAGAGAAGAACAAGCUCAGCUUUUACCCAAAGAGACGCAUCUGAUUUCAGAGUCCAGGAGAAACGUACAAACGCAGGAGGUUCUGGAGACGGAGAAGGAUGGAGGACGUCCACCAACACUGGGCAAUGAACAUGAUGAAGAAGAAGGACAUGAGUCAGACAGAGGUGAAGACCUGGGAGGAACCAGCCCUGGACCGGUGGACUCUCCUCAGUUCUGUUCCAAACACCAGCGAUGGGUGAAGAACAUCCUGCGACAGUGUCCUGAUGAAUGUUCAGAGGAGCUCUUGGUCCAAUCCGUCGUGUCCACGUCUCCUCCUCUGUUCCAGUCAUCAAACUCCACGUCAUCUUCUGAGGAUCUGACGCCGUCUGACCUCCCGUUCUCAUCCCAUCAACAGCAUCGAUCUCCGCAGACAUCCAAUAACCCUCCGACAAACGCCCAAGAUAAACCGGACUGUGAACCGGCUCAGUCCUCUUCAUCUGGACACCUUCCUCUUCCUCCUCUGUGGUCACCGGUCGUCCGACUGAUUGACAUCACCUCCGUCAGAAGGCUCCACCCCCUUUUAAACCCCAAUCCAGCAAGUCCAGAUGGAACUUCUCCUGCCGGUCUGAAGGCGAUAACCUCCCCACGCCGCCAAUCAAAGCGAUGGGCGAGGAACAUCCUGCGACAGUGUCCUGAUGAAUGUUCAGAGGACCUCUUGGUCCAGUCCGUCGUGUCCACAUCUCCUCUUCUGUUCCAGUCGUCAAACUCCAUGUCAUCUUCUGAGGAUCUGACACCGUCCGACCUCCUAUUCUCACCCCAUCAACAGCAGCGAUCUCCGCAGACAUCCAAUAAUCCUCCGACAAACGCCCAAGAUAAACCAGACUGUGGACCGGCUCUGUCCUCUUCAUCUGGACACCUUCUUCUUCCUCCUCUGUGGUCACCAGUAGUCCGACUGAUUGACAUCACCACCAUCAGAAGGCUCCACCCCUUUUUAAACCCUAAUCCAGCAAGUCCAGAUGAAGCUUCUCCUGCCGGUCUGAAGGCGAUAACCUCCCCACGCCGCCAAUCAAAUCCCAUAAUCUCAACCCAGACAGGCCCUGAACGUCAGAAUCCGGCGUCUUCUUCCAGAUGUCCUUCUACUAACCUGUCCAGAAGGUCCAGACUGAUGUCCAACACAAACCAGUCCCAAAGACCAAGACCUUCAGCUGAGACCUUAGGAAACGUUCACACAAGUGCUUUGACGACUUCUGAACCUUUGGAUGGUCUCUUUAUGGAGUCUCCUACCUCUGUGGAACCUCAUUCAAUGUCUUUACUAACCGUCCUCCCCAUGUCCAGGUCUGGUCUGGUCUUCAGGUCUGGACCCAGUGGCGUCUGCAGAGUUCAGACCAGGUUAUCGCUGAAGAGUCAGAACUAUCUGGUCCACUCCAAACUCCUACAACCACAGGUGAUUCUUACCAGACUGAGCGUAGACCAGUGUCUACAAAGGACUGGGGGGAGAACCUGGACCAGACCUGAGGAGACUGUGGAAGGUGAUGAUCAUGAUGAUGGUGAUGAUGGUGAUGAUGGUGACACGUUGUCGUCUCAUCUGUUUGACGUCAACAUCCUUUACUCCAGUGAUUCUUCAGGAAGCGACAGUGAAGACUCAGAGGAUUCAGAUCCCAACUACAAACCUAACAUUAAAAGGUCAAAAUGCGUGUUCCACAUCGACACCUGGUAGAGGGAGGAGCACGGCUGGACUGUUGGAUCACUGAAGGAUCAGAAUAAAUGUUAAAUUAUGAUGAUGAUGCUAAACUUUAUUUUGAACAUAAGUCGUAGUAAAAUGUAAAGGUGAACAAAAGGCAAAGAGACAUUACAGACUUACAUGGAACACUCCAGAAUAUUGAAGGGAAUAAGUUAAACCAGAAAUGGAAUAAAGUCACCCUGUGUCCAACUAUUUCAUUGUGUCUCUUCAAUAACACUUCAUGUCCCAAAAGGACGUAGGAAGAAGACGAGUUUAUAUUGUUCAACAACAUGUAUUGUCAGGGUUCCCACAGGGUUUUAAAAAAUCUUAAAUUUACACAUCUGCUUUUAAUACCUUAAAAAAGUCUUUCAAAGGUAUUAAGUUUGAUCUGGUAGGUCUUCAGUUCUGCUGCCACAAACUUGUUGGCUGUGACAUGUUUGAAUUUGUCCAAACUGCAAAGACAGUGUUGUUAGUGGACUCAGUUCCACCCGUUCCAACCUGAUCAUUUAUAUUGAAUUUAGGAACCAGUUAUUGU